AUGAGGCUUCUUUUUAAGUAUAAAAUUUUCUCUGUAUAAAGUUACUCCUGUUAAGAUAUAAAAAGCAAAUAUAGAGUUGCACAAGACCAUGUAGCGAGGUCUUCAGCAAAAUGUGAAGGACACUACCUGUCUUGCUGGCAAAACAUUUCUGUCUGCUUUUGAAGUGUUUCACCUCUGUUUAUUUCUAGCUGGGGUUAGUUAAUCCGUGGAGAAUCCCAGCAUGGAGCAGAAAUGCUGGAAAGUGAAAAGGAAAGAAGGUCACAAGCGGACAGAUUUCCAAGCUCAUGUGAUUAGGGCAGACUGGGAGCCCCAGGUCUUGGCAGGGGAGCCGGCCCUGGUUUCCUUUCCAUUUCCCCUCUCCUCACCUCCUUCCUCAAAUUCCUCCUUUCAAAUCUGCCAACUUCAAAUUCUUCAGCCAUGCCCACAGCAGCAGCAUCAUGGUGCUGUGCAGAGGGAAAAAAAAGGGACAGCCAUGUCCAAAAAAUCUCCUGGUAGUGCUGGAUCUCUUGAAUGCCCUGCAAUGGGAGAGAAGAAUAGUUUGGAGCAUUUUUCUAGGAACAGGCCUGGCUGGUGUUACUACGUACACAGGCAGUGCUGGAACGAGGUCUGCCUGAAGGAGAGCUGGGCUCUUCCUUGCUCUUUGCUCUGGCAGUGUGGGGCUGCCACGCCUUUGUUUUGGGGACCUUUGCACUGUAAACAGCUCUAUGAGGGAGCUGCUUCUGUAAUGAUUUCCCCUCAUUGGCCGGCUCUGAAUACCCUUGAUCCCUGCCAAAGUACAAAGGGCAUCAGAGCUGGAUACAUGAUCAUUUCCAGUUUCUGUUUCAAUAUUGUGUUCAGAUUCUUCAGGCAGCUCACAGUAGCUCUGUCACAGACCCUUGGAAGAUCAACAGCUGGCAGCUUCUGGCUAUGAAUAUGUGAUCCACGAUAGGCAAUGUUGUAGGGGCAGUAAGUUGGUGCUGUGUCUAGAAUAGAGUACUGAGUGGAGACUUUGCUGGGCAGAACAAGCAGCCAGGUGCCCAUCAGCUCUUCUGCACUUGUGUUGUCUCCUGACUCAUCUGUCUGCUCCUGAAAAUGGACAUCCAGAUCACAACACUGCUACUGUAACAUCUUCAUUUCUGGAGAAUGAAUAUCAAGCUGACAAGAAUGGUGUUAUUUUCUUCAGGGCUGGUUCUCAGCAGUAUAAGUUAGACUUUGCAGGCCUGCCAUCAGAUGCGGUUUUCUCUGGCCAGCAGCCUGGAUGUGAAUACCAGUGCAGACAUGGUCCAAACAAAUGUGCUCUUUAAAACUCAAAGAAUUGUUAUUCGACUGCCUAAACAGUCCGAAGAUGGACAAGAUGGAAGCCAAAACAUGACUCUGUCACAUCCUGCCUAUCCUCCACAGUGGGACCAAACUGCACUACCUGAUAUUGGGUACAAGUUGAUACAGCUCAGCAAUGAUUCCAAAGAAUAUACAAAAAUCAAGAGGCUGUUUGAGAAGACAAUGAAAGAUUACUGCAUCAACCAACUACAGAGGAUUCAGAACCCAACACUUUGGGACAUUUUUCAGUGGCAAAAAGAAAAGAUGAAGAAGAUCCAUCAACUGAAAGGGGUGAACGAGAGGCUCCUGUUCCAUGGCACAAGUCCAUCCCAUGUGUCUGCCAUCUGUGAGCAGAACUUUGACUGGAGACUCUGUGGGACUCAUGGGACAAUGUAUGGAAAAGGAAGCUACUUUGCCAGAGAUGCCAGCUACUCCCAUGAGUACUGCACCUCUCUCGGUGGGCGCUACAGCAUGUUCGUAGCUCAGGUUCUUGUAGGAGACUUUGUGCGGGGGAACCCGGAGUACUGCCGCCCUCCACCCAGAGACAAAAACUCAAACAGACUUUAUGACAGCUGUGUGGAUGACCCGACAGACCCUUCCAUCUUUGUCAUCUUUGAGAAGCAGCAAAUUUACCCUGCCUAUAUCUUGGAGUACAGCCUUGAGACCAGCUGUGCUGUCCUGUAAUGAAUGGUGGAAUGUCUUUUGAAUUCACACUGAAUAAAUUACUCUUCAGUACAUUUUUUUAAAAA